GUGACUUUGAACGUGAGCAAAGCGAAUAAAGGCUGGUGGUGCGCGCACUUCAGAGAGAGCGUGAGGAGCGCGUGCUGGAACAAACACAUUGAUCUCGAUAAACGAGAUGUUCAACAUGGUGACCCCUGCAGACUGGAAGACUGGCGUCAAAGUUUUCGAGAACCAAACGCCAGACGGAAACACAUCCUCGAAAUUCAUUGACUCUGAGUUUCGUUACACCCUCUUCCCCAUCUUCUAUGGCGUGGUCUUUGUCUUAGGAUUGGCAGCCAACUGCUACGCACUUUAUGUAUUGCACAAAAUGCGGGACUCUAAAGCCAUGAAUGAGAUUCGCAUCUACAUGACCAACCUGACGAUUGCAGACUUGCUGUUCGUGUCCGCUCUACCGUUCUGGAUCGGGUACUAUGCAAACAACGGCAACUGGAAGUAUUCAGAUGUUUUCUGUCGCAUCACAGGGUCGUUCUUUUUUAUUAACACCUACUGCUCCGUCUUCUUUCUUGCUGUUAUCAGCAUUAACCGUUACUGGGCUGUUACCAGGCCACUGGUCGCCGCUUCUUCAGACUGCUGGAAACGUGGAGCGAUCAUCUCAGCGGGCGUCUGGGCCGUCACUCUUUCAGCUUCGAUUAAAUCUCUCAUUGUUCGUGGGGUCCCGGAAGACGACGAGAAAAAACGCUGCUUUGAGGGUUAUCAUAAAGAGACUGAUGAUACGAAAUACACAGUCGCCACAACGCAUUUCCUUAUUAUCGGCGUGUUUUUUGUCGUCUUCUUAAUAGUGAUUCUGUGCAACGUCUCAAUCGCUCGAACUCUUCUGUCUCAACCCAUCAGUCAGCCCCGAGCCAGUACAGGGAAGCGACCCGGCGGCACAAAGCGGAGAGCUUUGAAGAUGCUGUUUGCCGUUGUGGGCGUGUUUGUGAUCUGUUUCUUACCCCAUCAUGUGGUGCAGGGUCCGUGGGUUCUGGCAGUGUUGGGCCUAACUCAAUGGAGCGAGGAUACUCGUCAACUCAUUAAUGAUGCUCAUCAGAUCACACUCAUGCUGAUGGGAUUAAAUUGCAUUCUGGAUCCUCUGGUGUAUUGCUUUGCCACCACAAAGUUUCGCAAAUACAUUCAGGGUCACUUUAAAAAGAUCAAGAAUAAGAAAAACUGCUCACGUCAGACGCUAAGCACAGCUAUGUCUUUGAAGAGCAGAAAGCAGACCGAGUUAUGAAUGUUUCCAAAAGUAUAGAUGACUCUCGAUGUUUGUUUAUUAAUUUAUUAAUUCAUUUCACAAUUCAAAGUUUGCUCCACAGUUACUUGCAUGCAUUGGUGGCGUAGCUCCUAAACUAUUUUAAGCGUUAUUAUUUUAUGUGUUUAUUUAAAGGAAUGGGUCAAAAUUAAAAAUACAAGGUUGUAUUAUUAACUUUAAGUUUAUUUAUGAAGAGACACUGUAAAACAAUUACAGUUUUUUACAAUUGCUUACACACAAAAUCUUUUCACGUCACACGAUUUUUGAAACCUCUCACUCAAAGUGCAAAACUACAGCCAAAUCUUCAAAACCAUAAGCUAUUUCUCAGCCUUUGACUCAGUUUUCAAUUGCAUAAAACACUUUUUUCAAAACACUACACACAAUUCUCUACCUAAAACACAAAGAUCUAUGAGGAAGUGACUUGCUUUCCUUUUUUCAAACACAACCAAUCAAAAUGCUACACUUAUUCACCAGUUCACACAGACACACUCCUCACAAUGUGUAAACACUAAUUGCUUUACUGAUCACUUACCAAUCACUGCUUUACUUUACAGUAGUAUAGAUAGGCCUUUAAAUAGGUCAAAGGUCAGAUUACCUGUUUUGGCAAUAUGCACCCCACCCCCCUGCCAGAUCCUGGACCGGGACCCCACACAAUUUACUGUAUUCUACUGUAAAGAAUAUACUUUUGGUUUACAUGUUUAUAGUUCUGUUGUAUGCUAAUGUAUACAACAGUAAUAUUUGGCCUAAUAAAUAUUUUCGGUUUCUACAUUGCAUUAGCAUUUCCAUUGUACUUGUUACCCCUCUCAGCAGAUUACUUUCACUGUAAAACAUUGUUUUGAAAUGUAGAUAUAAGCCUAUGGAAGACCAAAGAGCCUUAGAUUUUGAACAGCAGUGUUUAGAUGGUAUAUCCCCAAAUGUAUUAUUAUGAAAGAAGUGUUUGCCAUUUGAUGCAAAUGCUUCAUGCUGACAUGUGUUUGUGGCAUUUCGAAUGCAGUGUUGCAUUUUGAAGGAGAUGUGAGCUACUUUGCAUUUUGUGUCUGCAGUUUUGAGAAUUGUGUGUAGAGUUUUGAAAAAAGGAGACUUCAUUUUGAAAAUGUGUGUAAGCAAUUGGUAAAAACUGUAAACCUCAGGUGGUGUUGUUAACCCAAAUUUGACCCUCAGGUUGAACUGGUUACAGACAUGAAGCUCUUGGUGCUCCUAAUCUCUUCAUCACAAAGACUUUUGCACUGUUAGCCUUUAGGCUCACAUCACUGGGUAUCUGCUGAAAUAUAUGAUGUAAUGUAUACAUAAUAUGUGGUUCUAAGAUUGUAAUUUAAUAUUCAUGUUUAGGAUUAUUUUAAAGGUCAUGGUGCGAUGAGUAAAAAGGUCUCAUUUCUAUAAGUCUAAGAUAAGAUGGAUCAAGGUUUUAGAACUUAGGAUAGAAGAUGCAUUUCUUGUAGAGGUGGGGUUUUGCCAGGAUACUUCUGGCUAGUUUGACCAGGUGUUCUAAUGUAUCACUUGGCACAGGUCAAACUGGAUUUUUGUAGUUUUACGAUGUCUUUCUUUGUCUCAAACUGUGUAUAAAAGGUGGCCUGGCAAAACAUUCUGGGAGUCAUUAUGUUACCAGAAGCUCCCACACUUUGUGUGUAUUCAAACCUUAUGGAGGCAUUCUGUUCAGAAGCUCCCACACUAUUUGCCCUAUCUUGCACCCAGUGCAAUUGACGUUGUCAGUGAUGCAUGUAUCAUUCGUAUUUUGCACCGGCGCACAGCGGGUUUUUCCCUCCACAGACGCACGUCGGCAAACUAGGGAAUGAACUUGCGCUCCCUGGGCGGUUCAGCGCAAAAAAGGAGGCGUGUUGUGGCGCAAACCAUCCCUGAUGCUAUUUUGCAGUUUUGAAAAACAAUUGCGCCACUGACCAAAAAAAAAUAGUCUAAAGUCAGUGGCGCGUUGCGCGUGGUUCAUUAUGCUAUUAUAAGGGCGCAUGCUUGACCAUAAUGUAUAGCAUGCACAACGCGCACACACUUUGCAUCUAAUCUACACAGAUGCAACAGUUAUUUUUGCAAUCAUAAAUUGUUACAAUAAAAAAUAUUAACACAUGAGAUAAGGGAAAUCAUAGUGUUGAGCAUUGUGGUGAUAGUUUUCAUUUAUUGUGUGGCUGCGUUAAAAAAUUCUCAUGCAAAUAACGAUU